AUGGACGAACUUAUUCGUAAAAGGCAGAGUCAAAUCAAAUCAAUUCAAGAAGGAUUAGAUCUUACUGGAUUCCUAGCUUUUAUCAAGGCUAAUGUGUCUAGGUGUCGACAAAUUUUUGUGUAUUCCAAGAACAAUGGACUUACUCCAAUGGAGUUCCUACAACUUGUAAAAACCGACAACAACGAUGAUUAUGAGAAGAAACAAGCAUUUGAUUUUUUUUUGAAAAUUAUUACUGAUAGUUCAGAGAAAUACAUAUCAGCUGUUCUAAAGUUUAUCACAGGCCAUUCACUUGUACCACUGUGGGGUUUGGGUUCCCCCAUCACAGUUAAGUAUUUAGAUGAUGAUGAUGCUCAUAUAUAUCCGAAGACCAUGUCUUGUUUCAAUAUACUGUACCUGCCAACUGUACACACAACUCAACAGAAAUUUGGAGAACACUUUGAGAAAGCCAUUGCUAUUGAAGGUGUAGGUUUUAGUGACAGUCACAGAUUUGACAUUGGUUUUAGUUGCUGA